GGCACAUCCGGUGGUUCAGCGGAGCGGUGUUUCUCUGGUUCUCUCCUCUCUCUCUCUCUCUCUCCUCUCUCUCUCUCUCCCUCUCCCUCUCUCCCCCUCUCCCUCUCUCUCUCUCCCCUCUCUCCCCCUCUCUCUCCUCUCUCUCUCUCUCUCUCUCCCCCCCUCUCCCCCGCGGGUUAUUGCUGUUGAUAUGGAGGUGCAGUUCGCGCCCCUCAGACCGUGGGAUGACUUCCUCUCGGGUUCCGCUCGCUUCGCCCGUCCGGAUUUUAACGAUUUGGCCAAAUGGAACAACCGAGUGGUCAGCAAUUUACUGUACUACCAAAGCAACUACUUGGUCACAGCCGUCACCGUCCUCUUAUUGGUCGGGUUUAUGCAACCCCUUCAAAUGAUCCUAGGAGGGGCAGUGGUUGUGCUGGUGUUCACAGGCUCUUUGUUGGUGUCCGAAAACAAAGCAGUUAUUGGGAAUUUCAAGCGUCAGUAUCCGACAUCUUUUGUUUUGAUCAUCCUGGUGGUUAGUCACUUUCUCAUGUCGCUCUUCGGAGGAGUGAUGGUCUUCCUAUUUGGAAUCGCUUUACCAUUAGUUUUGAUCUUCAUACAUUCUUCUCUACGUCUUCGCAACUUGAAGAACAAGCUUGAGAACAAGAUGGAAGGGAUUGGCCUGAAGAAGACGCCAAUGGGUAUCUUAGUGGAUGCGCUUGGCCAAGAACAGGAAAACAUUGCCAAAAUUGCAGACUUGUUGGCAAAUCGAAGCAAAGAUUAACCAGGAACUGAUGAUCUGUAUUUUAUUUUUAUCAGCGGCUUGGUACUGGAUUAAUGAUCUUCCAUGGUUAAAUAUUCCAAAGGGCAAAUGAGUAGUUUAAACUUAAGUGGAUUGAAAACUGAAAUGCUUUGCGAAAAAACUGAAAUCGCUUGGCAAAAUACUGGCUGGUGUCUCUUGUUUUUUUGGCUUUAUAUAAUAACUGUCAUUGUUUGCUUGUAUUUAAAAAAAUCAAUAGUUAAUACAGCAGAAUGUGAAUUGAUAAUAAGCAUAGUUUACCUUGAGUGUUAGUUUUUGAUGUGAUUCAUUGUCUGCAGUCCGGAAACUGACAAAGGUCUCUGGUUGGACCUGCAGCUUUGAUAAUGCUUUCUGUAUUUGUGUUCAGGUACAGUGCAUUUCAAUGGUCUUGGAGCAUGACUGCACUGUAGCAUUAGAAUAUAUCAGAACUCAUUGUAUUGCAUUAUAUCAGUGAUGGAUUAAUUUACAUCCUUCAUCACAAACCUAACAUCCAAGUUUCAUUAAGUGCAGAAAAUUCUGAUCUUGCGUACCAUUAUGUAUAGAAUAAUGUUAUGAUUUCAGUCAGAUUUAUGAAGAGGCGCAUUUUUUAAAAAAACUAGAUAUUUUUGUUGUGUUAUCAGCUAGUUUAUGUAUAAAGGACAUCUAGAAGGCUAAGGUUCAGUCUUGUGGUAUUAAAUUUCAAAUGCUAAGUACAUUCAAUAAAAAACAUAAAUAUGAAUUUCUCAUGAAACAUAAAACUAUUCAUCCUUCUCUUAGAGAACAGCACCAUUGGGCAGAAGGUGCAGCUAAUUAUAGUAAUUAGUCUAUUAAUGUUAAUUAAUAGAAUAUUAAUGUUUGCUCAAAUAUUACAAGAGGAGUUCCUGAAAACUGAGUUUAAAAAAACAUUGAUUGAAAUUUCACCGCUUCAAUGAAACAACAGACUCAAUUCCAAUAAUUCUAGCCUGUGAACUACUGCUAUAAUGUUGUUUCUAUGGUAGGCAGUUAAAGUAACCAUGUAAUUUUUAAUUGUUUGGAGGUUCAAAGGUGUACAACAUGUCUCCUUGCAUGAAAUAAAGGUUGCUUUAAAAUA